AUGAGAAUAGAAUUUAUUUUGAAAGGAUAAAAAGUAUAUGAAGGUGAUUGUUCUGUCCAAAAAACUUAAGAUGUUUAAUUAUUACAAGAUGAUCUAUUAUUAAAUCCAGUAAAAAAUUUCAGGAAUAAAAAAUAAGUUAAAUUUUCUCAUAAAAAUUAAGACAAUAAAAAACAAUUGCAUAAUUAAAGAGGUAAAAAAAGAAGAGGUGCUGCAUUAGAUGAAGAUACAAACAUAAAAUUAUAUGCAAAAGAUAUAUAUUAGGAUAAAAGAAAAAAGUAAAAAAAAAAUGCAGAUGAUGAAUCAGGAGUAGAAUACGAUUCACAAGCGAGUGAAGAUGAAUAAAAACUCCUUGAAUUAGAGGGAGAAUUAGAAAUGGAAUUAGCAAAUAUAGGAGAUGAAGAAAUGGAUGAAUUUGAAGAUGAAGAUUAAUUAUUGGAUGAAAAUGAUUUAGAAAAGUAAAAACCGAUUGCGAAAAUAUUAAACAAUCCAAAAUUAAAAGAAGCAGAAAAUUUAAGCGAAUUAAGUCUUUCAGAAAACCCUGUUUAUUAAAAACUAACUUAAAGACAAAAGAAUAUUAUUAAAAAUACAGUUGCUAAUUAAUUUGGUGUAACUGAUUAAUAGUAGUAAUAAUAAUAAUAAUAAGAAUUAUAAUUGGAAGAUAAAAAAAAGAAAAAAGACUUAACAGAAGAAGAUUUGAUUAAAAAAUAAGAAAAAGAAGAGAAAAGAAGACUUUAAAUGUAAAAGUAAAUAGAAAAUUUGAAAAAAUAAACAGUCGAUAAAAUCCUUAAUGAAGCAGGUACUAAGUAAAAAAAACGUAAAGAAAGAGAAUAACAAGAAACUAACCAAAGAACUCAUUAUCAAUAUAGAUAAUUACAUCCUAAUGAACCUAGAAUCACUUAUAUUUCUAAUUCUAAUAAAGGAGAAUUCAUUUGUAUUAAUAAAAAUAUAUACAAUCCUUAUUUAAAUCCAGUUGUUUAAUAAUGAAGGAAAAUAAUUAUU